UUGCACGCGCAGCGGCAUUCGACAACGCCCAAAACAACCUCAAUUUAGUGCAGUCUCCAAGAGAUUCAACCAUUUGUGAGAGAUAAAAACGAAGUCAAUCUUUCAGAUACGAAGCGCAGAGCCAUAGCCAAGUGUGACCUCGUUUAAUACCAGAGAAAUGACAAGAAUACAAACUGUUCUCGGUAGCAUUCCACCCAAUCUGCUGGGCCGUACACUUACCCAUGAGCACGUGGCUCUGGACUUUGAGCACUUUUAUAAGCCACCGCCGGCGGAUUUUGAGAAUGAAUUACAGCAAAAGAUUAGCAUGGCAACGCUGGGCUACGUUCGUUUGUACCCGUAUUCGAGCAGGGAGAACGUGCGCUUUUACGACGAGGAGGCUCUGGAAGCAUCUAGAAAGGAUGUUCUUCUCUAUAAGAAGCAUGGGGGCGGCGCCAUCGUGGAGAACAGCAGCUAUGGACUGAAACGAAAUCUGGAAUUCAUUGUGGACCUGGCCAAGACAACGGGUGUUCAUUUCAUUGCUGGCACCGGUCAUUAUAUACACGCUACCCAGGAUGCCACGCACAAAAAUCUCACAGUCGAGCAGAUGACUGAUCUCUACACUAGGGAUAUUCUUACUGGCAUCGAUGUGAACGGCCGCACUGUGAAAUGUGGUUUUAUUGGCGAGGUGGCCAGCGUGUAUCCUGUACAAGAGUUCGAAAGACAUGCCCUUCUUGCCGCUGGCGAGAUCCAGGAGGUUUUGGGCUGCGGCGUGUCACUGCAUCCCCAUCGUGUAUCCAAGGCACCUUUUGAAAUCAUGCGCCUCUAUCUUGAGGCCGGAGGGCAUGCUAACAAAUGUGUCAUGUCCCAUUUGGAUCGCACAAUUUUUGACAUGGACGAGCUACUAGAGUUUGCCAAGUUGGGCUGCUACCUGCAAUACGAUCUCUUUGGCACAGAGUGCUCCUACUAUCAGCUUAAUUCAACAGUGGACAUGAUUUCAGAUGGCCAGCGCAUUGAAAAUCUCAUCAAGUUGAUCAAUGAAGGACUCGUUGACAGGCUUCUUAUGUCGCACGACAUACACACAAAGCAUCGCCUAACUUCCUACGGUGGACACGGCUACCAUCACAUUCAUAUGAAUAUUCUGCCACGCAUGUUCCAGCGCGGUGUAACCCUCGAGCAGGUGGAGCAAAUGACUGUCACCAAUCCGGCAAACUGGCUGAGCUUCAAUGCUUAGAAAGAUUUUAAGUGAACUUUGCACCACCGUUUGCGGAUAAGAGUCUGUUUUGUUUCCAUGUUUAAUUUUGACCAUUUGUUUGCAUCUCUGUUUAGUGGGUUGUUUUGUUCAUGUGAUGAUAAGAUAAGCUAUGUUGUUU